AUGCCUGAUCCAAUACGAUUGAAAUCCAAUUUGGCCCUUCUUGCUACUUUAAGCUUAGAAGAACUUAUAAACGUUCAAUUAGAUGUCACUUUGUUGCUGGAAGCCAAGAUAAAAGAAAUACGAGCGCACCCUGUCAUUGAGGAGAAGGAAGGACCAGAAGCAAGCAGAGCGUCUCCAUUCCAUGAGAAAGAACAGUCCUGUACAAAUUUCAGAUUACUAAACGAGGCAGCUAAAGACGAUUCAUUUAAGCACCCAAACGUACUGAUUGAAGAAGACAAGAAUGUGCCAGCUGGAGAUGAUACCGAGAAUUUGAUCCUUACACAAUUUGAUCCCGAGACAAGGGAUAAAUUAUUGAAUAAUCAUGAUCUCCCUGUUUCAAUUAAGCUGAGUUUUCACCUCAACUUGAUACGCUAUACGAAAAACGAAGAAAAAAAUAUACGUUCAGUAUCGCCGUUAAGUAAAACUGCGAUUAAGUGUGAAACCGAUUGCAGUUCUCCCUUGAAAGAACCCAUCACACUGUCACAAAAUGAUGUACAACUCAGGGAUGAUUUUCCAUUAGAUAAGAGGGACCUUGAGAAUAUGAACUAUGAAUUAGAUGGGGAGGAAGCAAUUGCAGAUAGUAUUAGUGACUUAGACUUCAUUCAGGGAAUAGAAAAGUUUGAGCCCACCUUUAAAAGACCAUUGAAUUUGAUAGGUGAAAAUAAUGCACAGAAACCGAAUCCCAAAAAAUUAAAAAGGGACAGUACCAAACCAAAUACUAAUAUCACACCAACUUUCCUGAAUCUAGAUAAAAAAUCUACACAAAAAAUACCUCUCGUGGAUUUCAAUACCAAUCCACUUACUGAGAAACCAUGGAUUCUUGAAGAUUUUAAACCCAAUGAAAAUAAAGCUUUUAUAAGAAGAGGACGCCUUAAAUUGGAAAAUUUCUAUAAGAAAGCUGGAAAACCAAUUAAUCUGCCAGCAAAUGGUAAAAGUGAUGCUUUCUUGGAUGACAGUGUCAAUGCUGACAAUAUUGAAUUUCAAUUCGAUAAUUUGAGACAGAGAGCAAAGUCACCUCCAGGAUUUGGAAGAUUAGAUUUCCCAACGACACAAGAGAGAGUCGAUGAUAAGGAAAAAUCUCAAGAAAUAAUACAGCAAAAAACGAGGUACAGAUUUCUCAUGGCAAUACAGAACAAUCUCCCGCCGCAAGAGAGGAGGUAUAUAUUUAAAAAAGAGAAACUAAAUCGAAUUGUAGAUGGUAGCCAAUUUUCAUGGUCUCCGAGUGAGCUGAAGAUAUAUGAACGGAAACCAAGAAAGAGAAGCUGA